AUUAAAUUCUGCAAGAACAAAACUCAGUCUUCAGAAUCUUCUUCCUUUACUAGUGUCAGGAUAUUUCAUUUGGGCUUCUUAAAUCUAAUUCGUUAAAAUGACUAGGUUUUCUUCUUUUUCUCUGCUUUUCCUCAUAGCAGGGGCUUAUAUGACUCCAGAGUGUUCCAAUAUGGAAAUUAUUGGAGGAAAAGAAGUAUCACCUCAUUCCAGGCCAUUCAUGGCUUCUAUCCAAUAUGAUGGCAAGCACGCGUGUGGAGGAGUUCUGAUCAAUCCACAGUGGGUACUGACUGCCGCCCACUGCCACCCUCGGUUUGCCAAAGGCCAGUCUCCCACAGUAGUUUUGGGAGCACACUCUCUCUCAAAGGAGGAAACCUCCAAACAAACAUUUGAGGUUAAAAAAUUCAUACCUUUCUCAAGAUUUGUACCAAAUUCUUUAUCAAAUGAUAUCAUGCUGGUUAAGCUUCACACGGCCGCCAAACUUGACAAACAUGUCCAGCUGCUCCACCUAAGAUCCAAACACUAUAUUAGAGCUGGAGCCAAAUGCCAAGUCACUGGCUGGGGAUCUACCAAUCCAGAUGCCUUCAGCCCCUCUGACACACUGCAAGAAGUCACUGUUACUGUCAUAAGUCGAAAACUUUGCAACAGCCCAAGUUAUUACAACCGCAACCCUUUUAUAACCCAAGAUAUGGUAUGUGCAGGAGAUGCCAGAGGCCGGAAGGAUUCCUGCCAGGGUGACUCUGGUGGCCCGUUGGUCUGUAAAGGUGUCUUUCAUGCCGUAGUCUCUGAAGGUUAUAAAUGUGGUAUUGCCAAGAAGCCUGGAAUCUACAUCCUCUUAAACAAGAAAUACCAGGAUUGGAUCAAAAGCAAGCUCUCUCCAUCUCAUGCAAAUUAAAAUUACUAAUGACUUUCUCGGAUCUACUACUUACUUGCUUUGUUGUUCCCCCCAUAAUGUGCUCCCAGGUCAACUUCAUCUUAAAUGUAGUUGAAAGCAAGUAAAGCAGAACACAGCGCCCUUAAGACUCAUUUUGUUAAGGAAUGAGUUCUUUGUAUCACUAAAGCAUUUCUAUUACACUGAGUUCAUUCUAAAUAAAAUUGAGAAGACUCUC